AGUGAGAGGAUGUUUAAAACGACCAAAGAGGAGCCUUCGAAGAUAACCAGUGCUAAACUUCUUGAUGCUAGAUCGUCGGCCAUCUCAGAUAACUGCACUUCCUUGUCUCAGUUGUAGCUAACAGUGAACACAACGAGACUCUCGCUAAAAAUCAAGUCAAAAUGCUUAUAUAUGGCCCGAAGCACUAUUGCUGCCCAUCAAAAACCGGAAUACCAGCCAAUAUUUCCAUAUAAAGAAACCGCCCGAAAAACCGAUCUUAGGCCUGAGGGAUAGGAAAGGCAAAGACCUUACAAAAAGUGGAAACAGCUCUUUUUGAGUCAUAAAACCGAUAUUCGGUUUCGGAUAUCAUGACAAAAUCCUAAAUAUGGGCAUGGUAAAUAUGGGCACGGUAAGGAGUGCUUGUCGAAGUAAGGUCUAAUAAAAACAGGAAAUAUCUGCCUCUAGCUAAAAUUAGUAAAUCUGGGAAUAACUUUGGCUGAGGCGCUCUUAAACUACAUUCCUGUGUUCUAGUUUAGUGCUGUUUCCUCUCAUCUAUAUUUAGAGAUGUUUUUUGCUGUAAAUAUCUUAAAUUAAAAUAAUGAAAUUUAAUUUAAAUAAUGUGUUUAUGACUGUUUGUAUUUGAUAAAACUACUUUGUAAUUAAACUGCGAAGCGUAGCAAAUUGCUCAAUGAUAUCGUCCUCGAGGCGAUAAGCGCUGGUUUUCAUUCAAGUUGUGCAACAAGGCAAGUUGUGCUUUCAGCCAAACGUGACUGAAAUGAAACGAAGACCUAAAGAUUUCUCAAGUGUUUCAGGUUCUAAGUUGAAGCGUUUAAAAACGGAAGUGACUUAUUUCCAUCAGUAUUUUUGAUUUUGUAGUAAAUUGUAACUCGGACAUUGUUUAUGAACCAGUAUUAUGGAAUGAAAGAUAAUUACGGUCAGAAACACAACCGUAGUAGUUAUAAUAAUUGAAAAGUCAACCUAGACUGAACUCGAACCCAUAAUAGUCGGGCGAUAUUUUUGCAACUGAGAUAGUGAAACAACUGUGAGGAAGUGAUCUGUGUAUCUCAGUUUUCGCAAUACGCGCGUGAAGGGUGAAUACAGCAAAAGUGAAUCAAUCGAAAUGAUAUAUUUCAAUUGCGGAAUAAAGAUGCUCUUAGACCGAUACCAUUUAACUGAAGCUAGAGACGAAAUCGAAGUAGUUGCGAAAACGAAGGCGGAAAACACCAUUCGACAGCGUGAUAUAACCAAGACUUAACAAGCCAACUGGGAGCUUGUCACGAUAACAACUCUUUAUUUCUUUUAACGAAAGAUUUCGAGGAUAUUUUAACUUUUUUCCUCUCUUGGGGUUUUCACACUCCGAAGCAACGUCGUGAUCACUCGAGCAAAACUGUGAGACGUACUGACAAUUACAAUUUGAGGCGGUACGUCUGCUAUUACUGAUGCAAUUUUCCGAUAGUAAUCUUGAUGACUGACCAUGGUAAAGAGCAAGUACUCAACUUUCCAUUUGACUUAAAAGAAAGCCGAUCCUCGAUGAUGAUGAUGAUGAUAUUGAUGAUAUUGCGAUAAGCACAUAACUACUUCCUUAUGAAAUGGCAAUUAAUUGGAGUUCUCGUUGUUUCGAGUUACCUUCCCGACAACAACUCGAAAAUAAAAUAUUUACUCUGAAAAUGACAGAAAGUUGUUUUAUUAAACUGCCGACAUUGGACGAUAAUACUCGUAAACAGCCGAUUGUUACGGAGUUCCUUACUGAGGAGUCUCCAUAGAGAUCUUACUUGCUCCAAAGACACAAAUUUUGUGUGCACGAGCUGGAAAAUCCGGAAAACAGAUUUUGACCGAAUUCAGAAAACGAAAACCUGAAUUCCUCUCCCUUAUUUUUGUAAGAUGUUUUGUACAUGGAUAUUUUUUUCCUUUUUAGGGAAUUAUCCAAGGAACAGUUCCAUACUUGGGCACAUUUCUAACCGACCUAAUGAUGUUAGAUGCCGCUUAUCAAGAUUUCACUGAGGAUGGCUUGAUCAAUUUUGAGAAAAGAAGAAAGGAGUUUGAAAUAAUCGCUCAAAUAAAGCUGCUUCAAGAAGCGGCAAAGAACUACAUAAUCGUUCAGGAUGAAAAAUUUCGACGUUGGUUUGAUAACAUCAAGACAUUUACAGAAUCAGAGAGCUACCACUUGUCUUGUAAAGUUGAACGAGUGGAACUAAAGUAUACGAAAAAGAAGAAGGAAACUAAAAUAAGCCUCCGGUGUGUCAUCAGGAUCAGAUACGUCCUCGGUGCCAAAAAACUUUUCAUUCUCCCUUCCCCGGUCACAGUUUGCUGGCUUGCCAAUUGGCUCUAGGUCACCCCGCCUACGCAAGUCUAGAGGGGGUGUUUCGCGGAGGUCUUUACCAGAACGACCGCGUCUUCCUCAGACGCCUCCUCCCGACAGUCCUUCCAAUAGAUCUGCACAUCCUGAAUUCAAGUAUGGAAUCUUUGCUGUUCAAACUCAAGAAAAAGGCAGAUGAAAAGCCGAGCUGAG